CGGCGGCGGAGGGGACUCGGCGGCGGCGCGCAGGGCCCAGCAUGGCGAGCGCGGACCGCGGCGGCCCGGGACCUCGGCCCGGCGGGACCGCGGGGGGCGCGGCGGGAGCCCCGGGGCCGCCCUCGGGCCGAAGCGGCGGCGGGGGUGCCCGGGCGGCUGUGGAGAAGAGGGGCCCGUACAUGGUGACGCGCGCGCCUUCCCUUCCGGCCAAGCUGCCGAAGCCCCGGGACCUGGCCAGGGCGGUUCUGCGGAGGAAAGGCGUGCAGGGGGCGCCGCCGCCCCGCCCCGGCUCCUCGGCGAAAAGGUCGGUGAAGUUCAACAAGGGCUACACGGCCCUUAGCCAGAGUCCAGAUGAAAACCUGGUGUCCCUCGACUCUGACAGUGAUGGGGAGCUGGAAUCCAGAUACUCCUCCGGGUAUUCCUCUGCAGAGGCAAGUCCAGAGCGCCUUUCUGCACGGGGCCAGGCUGCAGGCAGCGUCACCGCCACUGCUAAAUGCUUGUCUUGUGCCUGCUGUAUACACGGCACUAUGCCAGACUUCCGCAAGUGAACCAGGAUGUGAGCCGGCAGCUGCUUCAAGAUGGGUAUCACCUGGAUGAGAUUCCAGAUGAUGAGGACUUGGACCUCAUUCCUCCCAAGCCUAUGGCCUCUUCAACGUGCUCCUGCUGCUGGUGCUGUCCUGGGGACUCUUCCUCCUGUACUCU